UAUCCAAGCCGAGAUCCAAGAGAAGAAUCAGAAAAUGAUAGAUUGACGUUUUCAGGUUAUGUAGGGCUCAAAAAUCCAAAAAAGUAUUUUAUAUUAAAGUACAAAAUAAAAUGGCCAAGUACAUAGCUCAAUUAAUAAUAGCAGGAACCCAAGUAGUUGGCAGAGCAUUCGCCAGAGCGUUAAAACAAGAAAUCGAAGCCUCUCAACAAGCGGCACAACGGUUAGGCAAUGCGAAAACGCGAACUGAAAGGGUUGCAAACCAAAAACUGGGACUGACGCUGGACGAAGCCAAGCAAAUUUUGAAUAUUUCCAAGUUAUCGAAAGAGGAUAUUGAUGAAAAGUUUGAUAGUCUCUUUAAAGCAAAUGCCAAUACGUCUCUAUAUAUACAAUCAAAAAUAGUAAGGGCGAAAGAAAGAUUAGACCACGAGAUCAAUAACCCAGAGCCAAAAAAGGAACGGAUAAAAGAAGACGUAGGAUCGAGUAGAAACACGUAGCAUUAUUACAAAUUUAGUAGCAAAUGUGGUUACUUGAAUGCUAUGAUUGUAUAUUAAGUAGAUAAGAUUAAUUUUAUUGUUACAUAAAAUAUUCCGAAUAAAAACGAUACUGCUAAGUGCUAUUGUUUAGCAAGAAA